GCCUGGCACACCGCGUCCACACGCCCCGCCCCCCGCGGAGCGGAGCAUCCCGGCCCUGGAGCUUCCCCGGGCCUGUAGCACCCCGGGACGCGCUCUGUGUGGGCGGCGAUGAGGGUCUGGAGUUCGGAGCAUGUGUUCGGCCACCCAUGGGACACAGUCAUCAAGGCUGCCAUGAGGAAGUACCCGAAUCCCAUGAACCCCAGUGUCGUGGGCGUCGACGUGCUGGAGCGCAGUGUGGACAGCCGGGGCCGGCUUCACAGCCACCGCCUCCUCAGCACCGAGUGGGGGCUGCCCGGCCUCGUGAGAGCGAUUUUGGGAACCAGUAGGACUUUGACAUACAUCAGAGAACAUUCUAUUGUGGAUCCAGUGGGAAAGAAAAUGGAGCUCUGUUCCACCAAUGUAAGCAAUGGCCACGAUGAUCACACUCACAAACUGGGUGUCGGUGAGCGAGAGGCUGGUGUACACACCCCACCCGGAGGACCCAGGAAGGACCGUGCUCACCCAAGAAGCCGUCAUCACCGUGAAGGGAAUCAGCCUCGGCAGCUAUCUGGAAAGUUUGAUGGCCAACACGAUAUCGUCCAACGCAAAGAAGGGAGAAAUAAAAAUACUCACUUUCGUGAGCAAGGCAGAAGAGGGACUGCCUGCCACGGGGAAGAGCUUUCAAAGUUGGCAUGUCCCAUAUUUCCUGAGCUUCGCUUGACCCUGAGAACAGAGUGUGGGAACGGGCUCGCCUCCGAACGCUGGGCAUCACAACUGUGCACAGAUAGUAGGGUCAGCUGCACACGUCUGAACAGCGACUUUUCUCAGCUUCUGACAUAGUUCAUAAGAAGUAUCCCUACGGUCAUCUUUAUUCAUCAGCAACAAGCAUGACUAUCGUACAUUUUCUGACAGUUACCUAUGUGACAAAAUUGCUGAGCUGGAGUAAAAUAAUGUAUGAAUCUAGCAGACAAGCAGAAGACCACUCACUGAGAUUGGCUGUCGUGUAUUAGGAAGAUGGCGAUGGUGCCAACGUCACAGCUGCGAUGCCUGGGUGGUGGGGAUGCUCCACACACAGCAACCCAGACGGCCUGCAGUUCCCGCUCCUCAGUCUCAAGUCAUAAAAGGGCCCAGUCAAGCACACUUCCAACUUACUGAUUUGACCCAUACACAAAUAGAGUGUUCCAUCAGAUGUAAUAAGAAAUUGUGGAUUUUUUUGUGUUCUUGUUCUUUUUUAAAAUUUCAAGCAGAUUACCCUUUAGUAAAAUACCUUCCAUCAGGUCAAAUGCUAAUGUUUUAAUUCUGGUGCUUUCCCAAGGACAACAAAACUUUAAUGCAACAUGAAAGAAAAUAUUAGUUACUAGAAUAGCUUUCAUUAUUUUUUUCAACUGACAAAAAAUAUUAAUUCAACAUCCCCAAAGCCAAAUUAAACCUUAACAGAUCUUGCUGAGAUGCUGAUCCCCCAAAUUGUGAAGAGCACUCAGGGUUCUACCCAUGAGCCGAGCCCUAGUCCCUGUUGUUAUGAUGGGCAGGGUCACGCCUGCAGCAGGCACUGACCUCAGUUCAUGGCAUGGACUCCAGGGACCAGAGCAGCACAACUCUGAUUCUCUGGCUGCUCUGUGCUUCAGUGUGGCUUCCAAAUUUAGGAAAGGGAAGCUAAAUCUUAAAGAGUUUUAAUAGAGAGUACAAUAUACUGUAGGAGCAGAUGUGCCUUUAGAACUCACUGUUACGUACGUCACUAAAAUGGCUGAGUUUUUGUUAAAUAUUCUGGUUAUAUUUACCAUUCAAAAGGGGUCAGAGUUAGGGAGCACAGAAAUCAGAGAGCAUGGUGUAUAACCUGGUUACUGAGCCAGAGAAGUGGAAAUGGUCAUAUUUUAUAGAGUGUUCUAGGUUAGCAAAAACUUCAUAAAUAAGUAGCAGAUAUUUGACAAUUAUCCAAAACAACCAUUGGUUUUUGUUUCUAAUAAACCAAAGGAAGGCAGAUUUAAAUAAAAAUAGCAAAUAUUAAGUUUAAUUACUCUUUUUUCAAGUUCACUUUUAAAUUUCAAGGUGAAUUCUCUGUCUAAAGUCACAUGUAGACUUAGUAGACAGACUGUUUGGGGAGGGUUGAAAAUAAAAAUAAAAUGUCAGCAGAUAUUCAGAAACAGCAGCAGGAGGGACAGGAUUAAAUGCCACCUCCGCAUCUGACCAUGUGCUCACAGGGCCAGAUCUAAAAUGAAAAAAAGAAGAAAUUUAUCCUGUAUUUCACGGCAAAUAAAGAGAAAGGAAUUUGUUAUACCUCAUUUACAUUCAGUCUCUUUUCUAAACCAAGAUGGGUCAUAAAGAAAAACAAAGAAACCAGCUGCUGGUUCGCUUAUCCCAGCUGCUGGUUCGCUUAUCCGGGACAGGUCUGGUGAACAGAGGACUGUGGAGAGCCGGGCUGGGCGGCUGCCGACACCUGGUCAGCAGGUCAGCAGCUCGGGUCACACUGGGGGCAGGGGAAACCUCAAUAUGGUCCGAGGCUUUUUAUCCCACUUAAGUUUGGAAACUAUUGUACUUCCUUUAAAAAAUGUAUUCUGUAUGAAAAUCUCAAAAACAAUACAAAAUGAGAAUUAUUUAAAAUAUUUUAAAUAAUCACAUCAAUUAAAAAAGACUUCCAAUUUCUCUCUACAGAGAAGCACGGUGUUUUUUCAUAACAACCACAUAAUAUCCUGACCAUCACAACACAGCUUUAAAGGUGCUGCAGAAGAGAAAGAGUGCCCGAGCCUCCCUGGCCAGGCAGCUGAGUAUAUGGGCAACGGCUCUUCUGAGGGUGGGGCGGCUCUGGGCUGGGGGAAGGUCCUGAUCUGGGGGUGGGGUGUGGGGGAACGUGGUUCAAUCAGGGGGCUCAGAAGCACCGCCCAUAGCCCCUCUGUGCUGAUGCCGCUGCAUUCUGAGUUUGUUGUCCUUUCACUAUCGUCCCGUCAAUUGAGAUCAUGGUGUGAUCUACGCAUCUACCAAAGAUUGGAAUCAACAGUCAGAAGCAAAGUGUCCAUCUAAGCUGUUAAUUUUUGCAGAGUGCGGUAGCUGAGGGAUCACUGCCAAAGAGGCAGAGAGGAAAAUAAUUCCCAGAACCAGCAGAAA